GAAGCAUCAAUGGUUGAGCUCAGCAACACAAGCCAGAACCGCCCGCAACAAUGUCGCAACCAGCAGCAACAGCUGAAGUGCACCGACCUGAGCUCUUCUUUGUCGAGCACAACAACACCAGCCUCGCCACCGAGACCAUCGUCUUCCUGCACGGCGCCUUUGGUUCACAUCACGAGUGGGACCAUGUGGUGAGCCAUCUGUCUGCCGCCAGCGACAAAGGCGGCGUGGAUCAGGCGCAACAGGGGCAGUAUCACAUCCUCGUGCCAGACCAGUUGCAGCACGGACGCUCGCGGCAGUUGGCAGCCACGGCGGCCGAGUCCUCCGCCGCUGCACCUCCUUUCACGAGUGCCUCUGCCGCCGACGCCGUCGCCGCGCUCAUCCGAAAACACGCCCGCCCGGGACCCGGCGGAGGAGCCGGCAGGGCACACGUCGUCGGGCUCUCUCUCGGCGGCUUCGUCGCGCAGGCCCUAGUGCGCCGGCACCCGGACGUCGUGCAGUCCCUGUUCAUCACGGGCGCGACGCCCUUCACGCCCGCGCAGAUGUGGCUCGCACGGCACAGCACGGGCCUGCACUGGGGCCUGUGGGCCGUCAUGGGCAGCGGCUUCUACCGGUUCGCGGCGUGGAGGGCCGGGCUCCUCGAGCACGGCGAGCUCCAGAGGGACAUGUGGGAGAACAACCGCACGGCGGACCUCGCGCAGGGGGUCUAUGGAGAUCUUGCGCAAUGGGGCUGGGAUGACGUGGCCGAGGUCGCGAAGGCUGUGGCAAGCAACAGGAUCAGAGUGCUGGUGUGCGCUGGUGGUGACGGAGAUAAUGUCGAGGGGACAAAGGAGAUGGUAAAGGUGAUCAGGCAAGGCGGGACGGAAGAGGGAGGAGGAGGAGGAGAUGCGGUGGACUGCCAGGGCUUCGUGGUUGCGAAAGCAAUCCAUGGCUGGGAUUUGCAGUUUCCUGACCUCUUUGCCACUGCCGUGAGAGCGUGGAUACAUCAAGAGACCAUGCCGCCCCAGUUCGUUACUGUCGACUCGUAGUUACGGUCAUGCGGCAUCAUUCCCGACUAAUGAUUUGAGUAAGCUUGAAGAAAGUAAUUGAAAACGAUCACGUUGAUCCAGUUAUUGUUUGAGGGACGCACCAACCUCUGCUUUUCACGGCGCAAGUCAUUCUUGUUACGUCAUGUCUGGG